UUGAGGUUAAUGAACUUGUAAAACCUAACAUUGCCAAGACGCUAGUCUUCUCCGCUGCCGCAGCGGCACUGCCUCCCCCUUCCUUCGACAGGAUCCCUUCCCUUUGUUUAAGCCACUCACCAUUUGGCUUGAGUUCUAUUCCUCCAAGGCUGGCCAGUCAUUUUGCUCUCUCUUGCCUCUCGAAUUUGGACUUAAUUUGGCAAAAACGACUACUUCAGGUUUUCUGUGUUGGGGAAUUUGCUAUUUGGUAUUUUGGGUUUGCGCAAAAUUUGGACACUCAAAUUACUGGAAAAUCAAUACCUGCAAUAAAAUCCAUCGAAAAUUUACUUCUAAGACAGCCUUCAGUGCACUUCUUCAGUAGCCAACUUGCAAGGGGUUUAACUGUAGCCCUUAGUGAUUCAGCUGAACUGCCUUCCCUAAGUUUGCCAGCUCCUAGUCGUUGGAGUCAAAACUUUCUGCAGCAAUUCAAUUUAUUCAGCAAAUCCCCUUACAAGUAAGAGCGCCUGAAAGAAUUUGAUGGCAAGCAAGGCUGUGAAAACUGUGGCAAAGGCAGUUUAUGAGUAUCAAUACCCAUGGAGGGAGAAGUUGGCAAAACAUAAAGAUGAGCUAUCCAAGGGUGUAUGGGGUUAUUGGAAUCUAGGGGCAUGGACACCACUCCACAUUAGUGCUCGAAGACGAGCCAGACUUCGCAAGGAAGUCCUCCUUGCUGGGGAAGAUUGGCCAUAUGAUCCAGAGAGGAAAGAAAUGAGGAACAAGAUGAAAGGACACAAAUGCGACAGGAUAUCUGCUGAGAAACGGGAAAACACUGCCAAAUUGAUGCAGAAAAUGCCAGACAUGUUGCUGGCCUACAAGAAGCGGAUAUGGGAGAAGAAAAUGAAGGAAGAAGACAAAAAAUACAAAAUUAAGGAAGAUGACAAAAAAUCAAAGUGAACGUUUCUCGAUUUUGCUUCCUUUUCCCCCUUAAUCCUGAAGGAACAUAGUUUAAUUUGUUUAUAUAUCAUGUUUGCACAUUAUCUAGUUCUUGGUUGAAGGAAGACUAAUAUCAGAUGUGCUUCACCUUGAUAAAUUGAUGGAGACGUUCAGUUA